CCAAUAUAUUUUAUGUGUUUUUCUUUAAAUUCUAGAUCCAAGAAUUAGGAGAUGGUCGAAAUUUUACUAGUUUCUUAAAACGGCAUUUCAAACUUCCCGACCUCUUUGAAAAAUCGAAAUCCCAGACUUGUUGAGACAAGAAUUUGGAACUUGUCUUGUGGGAAUUGGACUCAUGUUGAGUUCCUCUUCCUCUCGCUGUUUCACCCAUCACCCCUUCCUUCUUCUUCCCUCUAUCUCUCGAAUUAGGGUUUCCAAUCGACCCGGCACUCUACGCCCAUGUACCCGAACUUCCCGGAGCUUUCAAUCUCAUUCGCCCCUCUUUAAGAACAAAUUGAAAAUAUCAUGUUUUAGGCAUGAGGGUUUUGCUUCAGAAGCCCCAAAGACCGAAUAUGUCGAACAUUAUCUGCCUGAGGAAUCACUGAAUUCAGAAACUGACAAUUCGUGUACCAGUAAAAGAGAUUGGGCGUCCAAUCUUCGAGAGGCUGCGAAUUCAGUGUCCAGAGUGAUUGGGAGCAGGUGGACUGUACCCUGGACAGCAGAGACCAUAUUGCAGGUUAUGCUUUUAUGGAUUGCAGCAUUCUGGUUCAUAGGCUCGUGGAUGAUUCCAUUUGCAGCCCACAUUGCUGGUUUCAACAAGGACUCGCUGACAUUUAGAGGACAAGCCUUGUUGAGCCUCAUAACUGAUGUAACUGAAGGCAUUGCUGGAAUUGCAAUUCUUUAUCGUUGCCUUUCUAGGUUUUAUCCUCUUCCCCCCGAUUGGUUUAGGUUUAGCCUGAGAGGGAACUGGCAUAUUGAUGUGGUUCUGGGUUGCUUCAUGUUUCCCUUGGUUAAUCGGCUCUCACAGCUCAACCUUAACCUACUGCCACUUUUACCUUCUACGCCUGUCACUCUCUCAAGUGUUGAGCAGUCAAUUUUUGCUCGGGAUCCCGUGGCGAUGGCAUUGUAUGCAGUAGUAGUGUCAAUAUGUGCUCCUGUCUGGGAGGAAAUAGUCUUUCGUGGUUUUCUUCUUCCUUCCUUGACCAAGUACAUGCCUGUAUGGUGUGCAGUACUGGUGAGCUCGGUCAUCUUUGCUCUAGCACAUUUUAAUGUACAGAGGAUGCUACCGCUUAUUUUUCUUGGGGCGGUAAUGGGUGUUAUUUUUACACGGUCAAGGAAUCUAUUACCAUCAAUGCUCUUGCAUAGCCUCUGGAAUGGAUUUGUGUUCUUAGAUUUGAUGAAAUAACUGGUAAAGUUGUGCCAAAUAUAUAGUCUAGUGAUACCUCUAUCCAUUCUCAAUGAAGCACAACUUCGGGCACAUUUCGUGGGGCAGCAGAAUAAGUUUAUCAAAACAUGCCCACAGAAAACAGUACGAGUCCACCUGCUGAAUGAAAGUACCAAGCAUUGGGCUGACGGACUAUGCCAUCAUGUCUUGUCUUUGAUGACAUAAAGGGUAUAGGUAUAAAAGAGAGAAUGCGAACGAUACAUCUUCCAUAGUUGAUCUUGCAUUCCAGCAAAAUGUGAAACUCUCUUGUAAAUUUCCUGAUGAGCAUUAUUACUCUCUCUCUC